GUGCGUGCUUGGGUGCAGGAGGGGCUACACGGCGCAUUCCAGCCUCCUCUCCAUGAGCGCCUUCCAUUUAUCCUUCCGUUAAGUCCCUCAGGCGGAUUCAGGAGACAGCUGUACCCGUGACGUCCCUGUGUGAUGACAGAGCUAAGUUACUUGCUCCUCCAAUCUGCACUGGCACCAGUAAAUGCUCCUAUCAUCUACACGUGACUUCUCUUGUCUCUGGGUGUACCAGUUGUCAUAGCACACGGAGAUGCUGCACAUGCAUUCAUUACGAGAGACAUCGCUGUUUCAGUUUAAUACGUGCCUUUCAUUGUGACUUCAGAUACCAUAGAUACGGCAGGAUCACCACUGAAUUUGCAUGAGUUUUAUUCCACGAUUCGACCUUAAGCUAAUGUUUCUGUUUUUUUUUUUUAUUCGCCGGUAUUCUCCCGGCUACAAGGAUCCAUUUUCAUGAAAAUAGUUGUAUUUAAAAAGAACGAACCAUUGAUAUGUAUGUAAAAAAAAAAUUGUUGUGACUCGUAGAAUAUAAAAGUGUUACAUAUUGCAAUACUGAAAACUUUAACAUCUGUGAUAUAUACAAUAGAAAACAAUCAAGAUGAGUUUCAAGGAGUGGCUGGUGUUGUUGGGGAUCUAUGUCUUGUUUAUGUUGCUUGGAGCUAUCGUCUUCAUCCACCUGGAAGGUGACCAUGAGCUCUCCCAGCGGGAAAACUUGAUGGCACUGAAGACCUACGUCACUGAGGUACUGUGGAGCCUGGACAACAGUUCUCGGGGAGAGGUGGAGGAUCUGUUGAAGGCGGUGGGUGAGGAGUGUGGUCAUGACUUCCUGCAACACGUCAUGGACGACCCUCUGACCUGGAGUCUCUGGAAUUCAUUCUUCUUCACCUUCACUGUCAUCACCACAAUCGGCUUCGGUCACAUGUACCCGGCGACGGCGUGGGGACGUGUGUUCUGCAUCCUGUACGCCUUCAUCGGCGUUCCUUUCAACGGCAUCGUUGUCGCUUACCUGGCAGAUCUCUUCUCCUCCAAGGUGGUGAACUCUCAGGUGAGGAGGUACGCCAAGCGAUAUCAUUCGUGGGUUAGUGUAGCGACGGAUACUGUGCUCUACCUGGUGCCUGGGAUGGUGAUCUUCCUGCUUGUGCCGUCUGCUGUGCUCACCCACGUCGAAGAAGACUGGGACUUUCUUGACGCCUUCUACUUCUCCGUCAUCACCCUUACCACCAUCGGCUUCGGAGACCGCGUCGCAGGUCUGCAGGAGAAGGAGCAAGUGUGGCUGUGGGUGUACAAGAUAGUGAUGGUAAUGUGGAUCUUCAUGGGUGUGGGAUACAUCAUUAUGAUCAUCACGUUCAUUCAGAAAGCUCUCCGGUCCAAACAGGUUCAUGAAGUGGAGAAGAAGUUAGCGCUGGCGCUCAAGCGGAAGACCAACAAACUCAACACUAACGUUCAGCGCGACCUCAAACGCAUCAGAACGGCAAUGAUCACUAUAGCCAUGACGGGAGUACAUCCGUGGUACCCUGACGAGGAGACAGAGAAGUCACGGCCAGCAGAGAGCAUUCACAGCUUGCACAGUCGACAUUCCUUACACAGCAGAAUCACUGUGACGCCUCUGGCCACGCCCAGUGUCUACCGCACCAUCACUAGCCAAUCUAUGACCAUCACACGAUCAGUUUCGGAAUCCCGGCUGGACACCUUGUGCAAGGCCCGUGUGGAUGGACUGGAGUCGCUGCACCAUAUCAACAAUCUGCUGGAUAUAGUGCAGACGAUGGUGGAGGAGCACAGCGCCACGGCUGCCGAGGCCAUGGAAAAUGAAAUACGAAACAUCGUGGAGACUCACCAGUACCUUCCUGACGAUGUUGUGGAUUCUUUUAAUACGUCUGGAGGGCCGGGAUCCGCCCAAGAAAUACCACGAGUACUGGAGGCAGGAUUCGUUAACCAGGCCCACAUCGACGAAGAUGGCAAAGUUCGAGGUAAAUGCGAGAGCUCUGACACUCUCUACAACCAUUAUCAUACUCUUCAUGACAGAAUACAAACGAAACUUAAUUUACUUUUUCCGAGAAAAUAUCCCCGGAAGUCUUCUCUUCUGGAAAGCAUACAUAAUUCAGAACCUUUCAAUGAUAAUGACGAUAGUGUGUGGGUGACCACGACGGAGCCUCCCUCCACCAGCUGGGUCGAAGACCUGGCACGGACAAAUCAAACUGUUCCUGUCCCUGGAUAUAGAAAUCCUAACACUGAAAAGACUCGUCCACCCUUACGCUCCCUCUUUACGAACCCGAGGACCACUCCCGACGGCGUGUGUAAGUCACCAGAGGACACUUAUACGAGCAACCACCCAAAACCAGAUUUGGACGAGGAACGUCGAAGUGAGAAAGUGUGUGUAUUCCAUUUAUUUCAUAACGACAAUAAAUGCAAUAACGUAUAAAAUUGUUUCAUUCCAGUGUCACGGUCACAUAUGCACUAAGUAACAGUGGAAUACUGACUUUAAUUAGGAUGUUUUAUCCAAUGAGCCACAGUUAAAGGAUGGUAGCCCUCCUUCAGCGUUUGCUCAGCUUAAGCUUCACAGUGAGUGCUGGAGAGAUCACCACCAAAUCAAAAUGAACCAUUCACCACUAGUGCCAACAACAAAAUCUCUCUAAGAGGGACCCUCAAAUGGACAACGAUAAGGAUGUAAUUAAAGAGUACACUCGUUUGUGAUAGCUCUGGACUUCCUGUGUGAUGACAACCAGAGACAUAUGUUAGUUUAUAACGUGUCAUGAAAGUUGCUGAAAACAAUUUGCCGUGCUUAUAGACAGUGUAUGAGUCUAGAGACAAAGUGUACAGUAAAUCAGAUACAGUUGUGAAUGUGUAAAAUGAAAUGCCUAGGACUAAAGUGAUUUAAUCGUGUAUUCUCAUAUUUGAUGGACAAAGUGACUGACGGGAUAGUGCCAAAUGAAAGCUUUCAGGUAAUUUUUCUGUGCUCACUCAAACAUAUUGUGAUUUUUAGUUUUUAAGAUAUAUAACUUAUGCAAAAUAAACAAAAGUCUCUAAGUUUUUUUAUGAA